AUGCCAUUAAACUCAACAAUCGCAUAUCUUCGUGAUAUCACAGAUGAAGUUCGUUUUAUCUUUGGCCUUUUCAACUUAGUUGUCGGUCUCAUUAGUAAUUUAUCUUUGAUCAUUAUUUUCACAAAUUUGAAAGUUUUUCAAAAGACUCCUUCGAGUUUUUAUCUGUUGAUGGAAUCUUAUACAAACAUUGGAUUAUUGAUCUUCGCUUCUUCGUCACAUAUUUCAGCUAUUAUCUUCAGUGUUGAUCCAACACUUGUAUCACUCCAAUGGUGUAAGUUUCGUUAUGGUUUCAAUCAACUCUUUGGUUUAUGUUCAUUGUUCACAAUAUGUUUCACAACAAUCGAUCGGUAUUUCUCCACCCAUCAUCGUUAUACCAUUCGUCAACUGAGCACAAUGCAAUAUGCGUGUUUAUUUGAGAUCAUCACUUUACUUCUUUCAUUACCUCAUGGAAUCUUGUUCUAUAUCUAUGCUUCGAUUGAUCAAUCAUCAUUUGGAUGUUCAAUUUAUAAUGUAAUGAUGAGGAAAUUGAACAUUGCUAAUGACGAUAAUACUCUGAAAACAACUGUUGCAGCCCUUCUCACAGCAUUAGGUUAUUCAUUGUUAUACACAAACUUCUCCAUCAACUUUUAUUUGUUUUUAAUAGUUUCAGUUCGAUUUCGUUGUCAAGUGAAGCAUUUUAUUCGAAAAGUAUUGCAUGAUUUCUGCCAUGUAUUACGUUCGCCAAGACACAUCAAUUUGCAAAAUAAUCAAGUUGUGCCACAUGCACUUGUAGGAAAUACUUUGACUGGAGAAUUCGCAAAAGAAAAUACAUUCCAAUAA